AUGGUUGACAUCGAAAAGCCUUAUAGCAUCUCGGCCUUCAAUUCCUUGCCUGAUCUGCACCACGCACAGGAAGACUUCAUAGUCAAUGGCGGUCCUGAGCUGGUCAACAAUGUCCUCGGACCCUUGAUCGUGCAGCAUCGAUUGGCAUCCACGCUUGGCGUUGGCCUAUUGCACCGUCACUUUGACCUUUCAGACAAGGAGAAACUGGUUGAGUUUAACCAUGUUUCAACGCCAUGGAUGCAUCAGCAAGGUGACAAGCAUAGCGGAGGCCGAAUCCUACCUUGUGCCUGGAUGAUUGAUGGCACCGGUCUCGUUCCGUAUGAGUUCUAUUUCUCGCCGCUUUGCCAUGAUGCGAAAGUUGAACUAGCUGUCAUGGCUCCAUUUCUCCACAACUUUAUACACCUCAUUAAAGAUUCGGGAUUGGAAAAGACCAUUGGACUUCGCUUGUUUCCUCGUUGCGGCUUUACAGGCGCGCUGGAAAUGACCGAGGGGAGAGCAAAUAUCAAUUUGACACCCGACCAGGUAAAGUCCAACCCAUCCUGCAACGGUAUUUCUGUGAAUUGA